AUAUUCUAGAGCAAUAUGUGUGUCCAAAAUGUGAUGGGAUCCUUAGAGAUGCUGUUCAAAUCAGCUGUGGCCAUUGGCUUUGCCAUGGUUGUGCUGAAGAGAUAUUCAAGAAAGAAACAAUACCAUAUUGUCCAAGAACAGACUGUGGAGAAGAAUUUACUAAUGAAGAAGGAAGACCAUUCUUUCCUGAUCGGUUCAUUCGUAAAGAGAUCGAUCGUGUGUCUAUAAUGUGUUCAAAUCAUAAAUUUGGAUGUGACUGGAAUGGUAAAAUUAGCGAAUUUUUAACGGAACAUCUCAACAGCUGUGCUUAUGAAAAAGAAGAGUGUCCUCAUUGUAAAGAGUGUUUCUUUUUAUUUGAGUACCAGUCUCAUGUUAAUCGAUGCCCUAUUAUAGAUUAUGAACAAUCAAGCAGUUACCCAAUUGAACCAGAAUCUCAUUCUUUUGGCUAUUCACCUGAA